AUGGAGCCUCAAAGGCCGAGUUUGAAGCCGGUGACAUCCUUGUCUUUGCGACGGUAUCACAUUUCUGAGGAGUAUGGCUUUCUUCUUCAGAGUCCUCUGAAAGAACUUCCUGAUCACUACAGGCCCUGGAUGGAAAUCGCCAACAAACUCCCUCACUUAAUUGAAAGCCACCAGCUCCAGGCCCAUGUCUACAAGAUGCCCCUCCUGGACUGCAGCUUCCUAAAGGGGCACCGGGAGCAACGUCUGGCACACCUGGUGCUGGCCGCGAUCACCAUGGGAUUCGUCUGGCAAGAAGGAGAGACCCAACCCCAAAAGGUGCUGCCCAGAACUCUUGCCAUUCCCUUUGUUGAAGUCUCCAGGAACUUGGGGCUCCCUCCCAUCCUGGUCCACUCUGAUCUGGUGCUGACAAACUGGACCAAAAGGAACCCAGAAGGACCAUGGGAAAUCAGUAACCUGGAAACCAUCGUCUCUUUCCCCGGGGGAGAGAGCCUGCGGGCCUUCAUACUGGUGACGGUUUUGGUGGAGAAGGCAGCGGCGCCUGGCAUUAAGGCCCUGGUUCAGGGAGUGGAGGCCGUUCUGCAACACAGCCAGGACACCCUGCUCCAGGCCCUGCAGCAGGUGAGGCUCUCCAUCCAGGACAUCACCAGAACCUUGGCCCAAAUGCAUGAUUAUGUAGACCCAGACAUAUUUUACACAGUCAUCCGGCUCUUCCUCUCUGGGUGGAAGGACAACCCAGCCAUGCCCCUGGGGCUGGUCUAUGAGGGUGUGGCCACAGAGCCUCUGAGGUACUCGGGAGGAAGCGCAGCCCAGAGCUCUGUGCUUCCGGCCUUCGAUGAGUUCCUGGGCAUUCGGCAUUGCAAGGGAAGUGUAGGCUUUCUGCACAGAAUGAGAGACUACAUGCCUCCUUCCCAUAAGGCCUUCCUGGAGGACCUCCAUUCAGCUCCUUCACUGAGGGACUACGUACUGACCUCUGGUGCUGGGUGCUGCCUGAUGGCCUAUAACCAGUGUGUGGAGGCGCUGGUCGAGCUGCGCAGUUACCACAUCAACAUGGUGGCACGAUACAUCAUCUCCGCUGCUGCCAAGGCCAGGAGCAGGAUGCCGAGCCAACUCUCACCUCAUGCCUCGGAGGACAGGGGCACUGGGGGCACCGCAGUGCUGAGCUUCCUGAAGAGCGUCAGGGAAAAGACCGUGGCGGCCAUCCUGGAUCCUUGUGCUUAGCAGUUCACAUCCUGCAUCCUUGUGCUUAGCAGUUCACAUCCUGCAUCCUUUUGCUUAAGCCCAUGGGAGUCAGAGCCAGGACCAGAGCUCUGCCUGAACCCAAGUGUAUUUUUGCUCCGAGAACACCAUGAUCUUUGUUCAUAAACUGUGGCUCCCAUUCACACCCCAGCCCCAGCCACUUCGUUUGCUAGAAACCUUUCUGCCCUGCCCAAUCACUCUGCCUCACAGCAGAGAGCUGAAGCCAUGUCUCCAUUUGGUGGGCAAGUCCUAGAUAUCCAAGCUCAAUUGAAAAAGAAUCAAGUUGCCUUUGAGCAUACCACCUCAUCUUUUCCUCCCCUGGACCUCUGUCCUCCCCCCCUCCCUGUCCCCUCCCUCUCCCAUCCCCCUCCACUGUCUCCUUUCUGGUCCUCCCUUGUUUGCUCCCCUUUUCUUUCCUCCCUCGAAACAGGAUCGAACUAUGUACCCCAGAUCAGCAUCCAACUAGAACCUGUGAUCCCCCUGCCUCAACCUCCUGAGGGUAUACAUAUGUGCCAACUGUUACGGCUCCGUUCAUCUCUUUUCUUUUGGAGAUGACAUCUGAGGUUCGCACAUACCAGGCAGCUGCUCCACCACCGAGCUUCGGUCCCAGGGCUCUGUGUUUCUGAUUUUGAAAGAAAGUCUUAGGAGUUGCUUGGGCUGGUGCUGAGCUGUUUAGCCCAGGCUAGCCUUAGUGUUUGAGUAGCUGGGAUGUAUAGGAACGAGCCACUGACUCAUGCUGCUGCUGCUGCUGCUGCCGCCGCCGAUGACAUCGAUGAUGAUGGUUGCCUCCUCCUCCUCUUCCUCUUGGUUUAUUUUUGGUUUUUGGUUUGAGGCAGGGUCUUACUAUGUCUUAGCUCAGGUUGCCUUUGACUCAAGGCAAUCCCCCCAUCUCAGCCUCCCCAGCACCGGGAAGCAGGAGCCACCACAGCUGGCUGUAGAUUCACUUAAUUCUCUAAGUCCCUACUGUACUCCUGUACAGAGACUUGGGAGGGACCUUCUGGGACCUGAGGCAGCCUUCUCCUCCCUGCCCACGCUGAAUUCAUCACUGGGGUUAAAUGCUCCAGUGGAGAUAUGUGGUGCUGAGCAAAGAAACCAGAAGUCACCAGCCUGGGGACCUCAGCUACUGAUCUGGAACCGUUGUGUCUUCCCUACUUGGAGUAUUCAUGGCCAAUUCUAUUUUAACUCUCUGCUCUAUUUUUAGGACAAUGUUUUUCUUUUUCCUAGUGACACUGGAAUGUGUAUUUGAAAAAUGUUUUAAUUGACCCUUUGAAAGUAAGUGAGCCGCAUAGGAAUAAAUAGUAAGUCCACAUGUUUCGGAUAAAAAUAAAUGUAGCUUUUAUUUUCUAA